AUGGCGAAACAGAAGAUUACAACCAAGACCACAAAGAAAUAUAGAUAUUCUUCUUUCAAAGCUAGGAUAGAUGAUAUUAAAAUUGAACCUGUGAGAAACCUGGAAAAGAGAGUCCAUGACUACGUGGAAACUUCUCAUUUUCUGGCAUCUUUCCAGCACUGGCAAGAUACUAACCUAAGUGCCAAUUUUACCGAGUUUGCUGGGGAGCUUGCAACUAUCGUUCAAACACUCCCACAGAUACUGUAUCAUGAGGAAAAGAUCUUCAACACUUUGAUAGAAUUUGUAGGUAAACACGAUGAGAGAUCAUUGCAGCCGUUACUGGACCUUAUGGCCCAGUUUUGCCAUGAUCUUGGACCAGACUUCUUAAAAUUUUACAAAUCUGCCGUGUUAAGCCUUGUGUCAUUAUUAGAGGCAGCAAUUGACUUUGAAUCCACCAAUGUUUUUGAAUGGAGUUUCAACUGUUUGGCCUAUAUUUUCAAAUAUCUAUCAAGACUGUUGGUUGAGGACUUAACGCCAACAUUUGAUAUGUUAUUCCCCCUGCUUUCUCAUACAAAAGAAUAUAUAUCCAGAUUUGCAGCAGAGGCAUUAUCAUUUUUGGUAAGGAAAUCAAAACCAAAGGGGUUGAGGAAACUAGUAAAUCAGGCUUUAAUGAAAUUACCAGAGGCUGCUGACUCGAAUCUAUACAGCGGGCUUUUGUCAUUAUUUUCCGAAUCUCUAACCACUACUCCUGGUGCGCUGCACUCUAAGAGUAAAAUGAUGUUUGGCAUUUUGGUUGAAGAGAGCUUUGCUGUACCUAACAGGGAGAAGUCUAUUCCGCUGGUAUGCGACGUUUGGAUGCAAAUUACCAGACACGCAUCAGCAGAAAAUAUUGCACCUUUGUACGAGGGCACCUUGUCCUUAUUUGAACAGGAGCUAAACCAGGAUUUACAAGAUGAUAUGUGCCGGAUCUUGUCAACGAUGAUUUUUGCUGAAAGUGGUAAAAAGGUGCCUGAUUGGUCUGCUCUUGUCCAUACCAUUGAAUUGAUACUUGAGAGAUCAGGCAACGAGCGCCUACUUCCUGAUACUCUGGUAUUUUUGUUCAGUGUUUUGUUGCGUAAUUGUGAUGUUAGAAACCUGACCCAAUGCCAUAAAAAACUAUUUGAUUUUUUUUUGGAAAAGAAGUCGGCAAACUUCCUUCAAUUUUUCUCGCUGGCACUUGAUUUUGCACCCGAAAGCGUCGUUUCAUUCAAUGGACCAAGAUAUUUUCAGAAAUUCUUAGACGAACACUCGAGCGUUCAUGCUGAAGGAAUUGCUCUUUUCUCUUUAAAAAUAAACAGCCAACAUACGAGAAAGACUAAACUGAAAAUUUGUUUUCCAGAUGCAUUUAUUCAAUCCAUUCUAAAGUCAUUUUUGAAGUCAACUUUGGAAGACCUCUACUACGUUUUCUGGAACACUGAGCUUUUGACACAAAGCGAAACCGACAACUUUUCCAGCGUAAAUACCGUGCUUAAGGCUCUAUUGGCAUUUACUCCCAGAGACGGUGAAUACGAUUUCUUCAAUGAUACAAUUGGCCUACUACUUCAAGCAAUUACCUUGAGUAAACCGGAUCAGUUCAACAGUGUAUUGCACGACAUUCUCAAAAAUUUUGCUAGAUUUAGAUCCAGCAUCUAUUUUAUCAGGGGUUUGAAUAGGAUCUUCAAGAGACUAAACACACUGAAUAAUGCCGGACUUAUUGAAGUUAUCCAAAGGUACGACGGUAUUUCGCUAGAGCUAACCAAAAACCUCCUGCUUCCAGACAGCGCUAUUCGUUAUGAAUCCCUAGAGUUACUGGAGACCCUGCUAAAUGUUCAGACGAUUGAGGUUCCACGUAUUGUUAUUGAAUCCAAAAACGUGGAACAAAUCCCAUUAACGCUUCAAAACGGGCGUACUAUAACAUCUAGGAUUAGAUUAAUGGGAGAGGAGUUUGCAAAAACUGAACCAACGGAAUUGAACACUGCAUUAUUUUUCAGACAUAUCUUUGGGCUACUAACUGCUCGUUUUUCACCUGUCUGGGAGGGGAUUUUCGAGAUUCUUCCGAACGUCUAUAGAAAAAAUACCGACUUGGUAUGGGAAUGCAUUCUUCACUUGCUAAAUGCUGCAGAUAACAACGGCCUCUUGAGAUAUCCUGAAGAUCAAUUUGCUGACGAAACCACUACGGUAUUAUGGGAAUCAAAAACCGAUAGGUUAGAGGCAGUCUUGAAAACCUUUGGCACCAGCUGGGACAAGUUUUCAUCUGUAACUACUUCCAUUCUGAAUAUUGCCAAAGAAAGAAGAGGUACGCAAAGCUAUCCACAACAUCUGAGAACCCAAAUCCUAAAAGUGAUGCUUGCUCUAUCAGAAGUGACCGAAAAGCACUCAAGAGACAUUGUUUCAUUUAUCCUAAAUGCACCUAACGCCGAGAAAGUAGUCGAGACGGAGGCCGAAGCUAGCGAUUCUACCAUUCAGAAUGCAUCGUCAUGGCAAGAGGUGGAAAGGAAUUUGCUAUUAAAGAUAUUCGGGAAGUUCACAACUAUGAAAAAUAUCUACAAAAGCGAGGAAGUGUACGAAAGACUCUUGGAACUUCUAGGAAGCAGACAUAUUGAGGUCCAAAAAUUAGCGUUGAAUGCCCUUUUUGGAUACCGUAUACCCGCUCUGAUGAAAUAUAAAGAUAAUCUAAGAAAUCUUCUUGACGACACUAUCUUCAAGGAUGAGAUUACCAAUCUUUUGCUUAACAAUACCACCUCUGUUGUGAAUGAAAGUGAUGAAAGUGAAUUAUAUCCUUUCUUGCUGAGAAUUCUUUUUGGAAGGGCUCAAACCCCAGCAACAAGCGGCAUCAAAAAAAGUCGUAAGGUUGCUGUUCUGGGAAUUCUUCCCAGUUUGAAAGAGCAUCACAUUAUCUCUUUUUUGAAACUUGGAAGUGACAGAUUGAACUACAGUUAUUUUUAUCAAAACGGCAAUAAAAUCGACGGAAAGGAACUGUCGUUGGGUACGUUGAGGAGAAUGACAGGGUUUGUAACCAUAUUAAACUCGGCACUGGACGUUCUUGGGUCGAAAUAUCCCAGAGCUAUCAUCACUAUUUUGAGGCCGUUAAUAUACUGUAUUGCAGUCUCGUAUGCCAGCUCCGGUGCAAAUAUAAAUGAUAAUUUCAUGGUCAAAACUGCUUCCUCUUUGAGACAAUUGUCUUUGAAGUGUUUGAAUGUUAUAUUCGAAAACGUUGGGAAUUUGCUGCCAUGGGAGAACUAUCUCGAUGAUCUAUACGACAACGUUAUUAAGCCGCGUAUUGCAUCCUUCCCUGACGAAAAUUUGCAGCAGCCAUCUUCAUUACUAAGGAUCAAAAUAUACUGGACGAGCAAUAAGAACCUGUACCCAUUUUUAUAUCAUGACAACUUCGCCGUGGUGAAUGCGUUAAUGGAAACAUUAUCCAACGAACACGCCAAAGAGUCUGUGACAACCUUAAUAAUACAGGGCUCGAACCAGCUGAUAAAGAAUCCCUCUAAAGACAAGGAGUACGUUGAAUUGGUGGCUAUGAUUGCAAGUGCGUGUCUCCAAACAUUACCAAAGCUUUAUCAAAAGGCUACAGCUCCAGAAACUGUUUCUGCUGCCGUGGAAAUGCUGCUUAAUAUGACGGAAUUUGGUUAUGUUCAGGACAAUGAAACCAGAAAAUACCUACUGGAAUCUCUUUCUUUUAUCAUGGAGGCUAAAUUCAAAAGUGUAUCGCAUUCUGAUAUCUCCAAGAUUUUAAAGAUUUUAUGCAUUUUAAUUUCAGAUUACGACUGUAGUUGGAAUGAAGUUGAAUCGCUAUACAAGUUUGCUUCGAAGCUAUACCAAAUUUUUACUGAAAAAGAGUUAAGGUUGGGAUUGAACGCUCUAUUUUUGAGUCUUGCCUCCAGGUUUGAAGACAUUGCAAACGCAGCUCGUAUUGUGGAUGCGCUAAACUCGUACUCCUCAAAACGUAUCCAGGAAUAUGAUUUCCCAAGAAUGCUUUCAGCUUUCAAACAAUUCAACGAGGUGGAAUAUAAAACAUUCACUGAUAUUCAAUGGCUCCCAAUUCUCUACAACUGUCUUUACCUUAUUAACGAUGAGAACGAGUUGGCUAUCCGGACAAACGCCUCACAUACGCUAUCAAAAUUUGUUGAUUUCAUCAAUGAGAAAGAGUCUAAAGAGGCUGCUGUAAAUUCAUGUUCCUUGCUAAAAAGCAUAGUUCUCCCUUCGGUUCGUAACGGUUUGAGAGCAAAGACCGAAGAAAUUCAGGCCGAAUAUAUUUCUGUCUUGGGGUACAUUGUUUCCAAUUCUAAAUAUUUUACUGAACUAGAUGAUAUGAAGGUACUCUUAGUUGAUGGUGACGAGGAAGCCAGUUUCUUUUCCAAUAUCAGCCACAUCCAAUUACACAGACGUCAAAGAACAAUCAAAAGACUUACGGAGCAUACAAGAGAACUGUCCGAUAACAGCGUCGCUCACUACUUAAUUCCGAUGAUUGAACAUUACGUGUUCUCUGAAGAGGAUAAAUACAGAAAUAUCGGUAACGAGGCUUUGGCAACAAUUGGGGUACUUUCUCAGGCAGUUACGUGGAAUCAGUACAGAUCUUUAUUGAGGCGGUACAUAUCCAUGAUGAAGAACAAAAAGGAUGCAUUGAAAAAGUCUGUUCUGCUCGUAAAUAGACUUUCGGUUUCUCUCAGAGAUACUCUCAUUGAAGCAAGAAAGGGAAGUGUUGACGCUUUAAAACUGAAAAAAUUUCCCUCUAAUAUUGCUGAAGCGGAAGACUUUAUUACUAAUGAGGUAUAUCCCACUUUGUGCAAAAUAUUGGGGACUAGAGAUGAUGAAACAAUCGUCAUGAGAACCCCACUAACGGAGGCUUCCGUCAAUUUCAUUUUAGGUCUGACAGAAGACAAAACGGCGAGUAUGCUUCCAGGUAUACUAACAGCUGUAUGUCAAGUGCUGAGAAGUAAGUCAGAAGAGCUACGUGAUGCCGUCGGUGGUACUUUAGCAAGAGUCAGUGUUAUUCUAGGUCCACGUUACCUUAUCUUCAUCCUGAAGGAACUAAAGUCAGCUUUACAAAGAGGUUCUCAGGUGCAUGUUUUAGGUUUCACUGUCCACCAUGUGUUACGCGACCUUUCUGACUCCCUGAAACACGGAGAUCUUGACGACUGUGCCUACCUGCUUUCCUCGGUAAUCAUGGAAAAUACUUUUGGUGCAGCGGGUCUUGAAAAGGAAUCCGAUAACUAUCACACAAAAAUGAAGGAGGUGAAGGUAAACAAAAGCUAUGAUAUUGCCGAAAUGAUCACCAAAAAUAUUUCUCUUCCAAUAUUUAAUGAUUUACUACGUCCGGUAAAGGCGCUGUUACUGGAGAGAAUCAACCUGAAGAACCAGAAUAAGCUUGCUGAAAUACUGAGGAGAUAUUCCAUAGGUUUAACUUUCAAUGAGUCUGCCUCUUCCAAACAGAUGCUGUCUUUGUGCUACGAGAUCUUUCAACAGGCCGAAACAGAGGCCAACAAGCAUUUUAACCGGAGGGACAUUCCGCAAAGCAGCGAACAGGAAGAUUUUUUCUUAGUCAAUUUGAAAGUUAAAAAUACCGCGGUUUUGAUUGAAAGCACUGUAUUCACUUCAACGCUACAAAAGUUCGCUCUAGAUUUGUUGAAAACGGUUAUCUCCAAACACCGCCAGCUUUUGGAUAUCACACUAUUAGAAGGGUUCAUUCCCCUGCUCAGAGAAGCUCUGACAUCUGAAAAUGAGGGUGUGUUGACUAGUGCUUUACGUGUACUAGUGAUUAUAGUUAAACUACACUUUUCGGAGGAUUCGGAACCCAUCUUUAAGAACUGUGCCAGAAAAGUCUUGAAUCUGAUUAAAGACUCUCCGUCAACUUCGAGUGAACUAUGUCAGAUGGGGCUGAAAUUUCUAUCCUCCUUUAUACGCCACAAAGAUGUGAAAUUAAAGGAGACGGCUCUAAGUUACAUUGUAGGCCGAAUCCUGCCAGAUCUUUACGAACCGUCUAAACAAGGUCUCGCCUUCAACUUUUUAAGAGCACUUGUGUCAAAGCACAUAGCGCUUCCAGAACUGUACGAUGUCAUCGACACUGUCAGAGAAAUUAUGAUCACUAAUCAUUCGAAGGAAAUCAGAGAUGUCUCGAGAAGUGUAUUCUACCAGUUUUUGAUGGAAUAUGACCAAAGCAAGGGUCGUUUGGAGAAGCAGUUUAAAUUUAUGGUGGAUAACUUGCAAUAUCCUGCUCAGGAGGGUAGACAAUCGGUGUUAGAGUUAUUGAACUUGUUUAUUGUGAAGGCAAACCCUGCACUUCUUUCGAAACUUUCCUCGUCCUUCUUUUUGGCUCUGUCCAAUGUUUCGUAUAAUGACGACAGUCCAAAAUGUCGUGAGAUGGCUACUAUAUUGUUAGGCAAUUUACUGAAGAAGCUAGACGACACAAAUUUGAACGCUGUGAACAAGUACGUCAGUGCUUGGUUGCGCCAAGAGGGCGAAGUUUCGUUUGUCAGUCUGGGUUUGCGGAUUUACAAAAUUUACAUUGAUGCGUUGAGUGUUGGGAAGAGUGAGGACUUGGAUAGACUAGCGAUUAACCGCAUCAAGUCGGUUCUAUCCGAUAUUAACGUUGGUUCGGAAAUUCAGUGGGAUAUGAUUUACACGGCAUUAAAUGUAUUCUUGGUGUAUUCUGAGAAGUCGAGUGUCGUGUUUACCUCCAGCUACAAAUUGGUGUGGGAUCAAAUCAUUGGCUGCUUGCUCUACCCACACAUGUGGGUUAGAGAACUGGCCGUCCGUUUAGUGAACUUCCUAAUCGACAAUUUGGACAGUUUUGAGGUUAAGUUUACCGAUUACGAAAUUCAAACGAUCUGUACGAGGAUACUGCGUCAACUGAGUGCCCCAUCCAUCUCGGACAAGCUCUCGACCGUUGCGAUAAAGACUGUGGUUCAGAUCAGCAGCAGGUGGUCGAAAGCAGACACCAAGUACAUUUUCAAAAAUCAAUCGCAAGACGAAGAGGUUGGCACUGAACUAAAGUACUCAAGCGCGAUCCAGUUCAUGGUUACGAGAAUCGGGGCGACAAUCAGAAGUGAGGAUAAAGCCGCUGAUGCUUUUGCGUCAAAGAAGGCGAAUAUUCAGCUGUUUGCCCUAUUGUGCCAAGUGCUUAACAACGAACAGCUGCUUUCUGCUGCCGAGCAUAUUGUUCUGGCAUUGUACACAUACUUAGAGGCGGACAAGCGUAAUUUAACGGAGGAGCAAGAGGAGCUAGGUCUUUUAGCUCAGGAAUGUGUCCAGAUUUUGGAAUCGCGUGUGUCCGUUUCUGAUUUCACGAGAAUUUACACUGCAGUGAGGCAAACGGUAAUAAAGAGGCGUCAAGAAAGGAGAGCGAAGCGUUCGAUCCUAGCCGUGAACGCUCCUGGUGUUGCCGCGGAGAGGAAAUUGAAGAAGCAUGCACGGUCGAGAGAGAAGAGAAGGCACGAAAAGGACGAAAACGGCUACUACCAAAGGAAAAACCAGAAGAGACGGGCGUGA